UUACGCGCACGACGCACGACGCGACCCCGUGGCGCGCGGCCACGAACGUCGCCACGGUCGCCAUGACGGAGUCGCGCCACCCGCCGUCCGGCUGCGCGAUGUUCGGCAUCUACAGCAGCAUGUUCCGCCGCCGCCGCUCCGCCUCCAUGACCUCCUUGCACCGGAUCAACGGUUCCCCCGACGCAUCUUCCGACGCCGAGGCCGAGGCCGCUCCCGCGCCCGUGCAGGUGAACCCGGCGCAUCGGAAGGCCGGCGUCAACGAGGACUCCUCCCUGAUGCGCCGCCCGAACGCCCUGCCCAUGCCGGUGGCGAAUGGCGCCGUUGCCCGCGCCGCUCCACCGGGCAGAGAUAGGAGCAGGCCGGCCAAGAUGGCGAACGGCACGAAUCCCGCGGCGGAGUACACCGGCAUGGCCGCGGAGCUCGACAAGAUGCUCCUCGACCACCAGAAGGUCAAGGGCACCACGCAGCUGGUGCGUGCCACCUCCGGCAACAUGAUGCUGCACCGCAACCUCGGCAACCUCAACGCCGGGGCCUCGGGCGCGUCGGCGCGCAACUCAGUGGACCGCAACGCGAAGGCGGCGAACGAGAGAAAGGCGCCGAACGGGUACGCGUUCUCGGGUAUGGGGAACAUUGUCAAGGAGGCCAAGCCGGAGGGCGAGCUGUGCCGGGCGCUGUCGCACCGGACGGACCCCGAGAAGCUCAAGGAGAUGGGCAACGAGGAAUACCGCCAGGGGCAUUACGCGGAGGCAGUGGCGCUCUACGACCAGGCCAUCAUGAUGGACGCGAGGCGGCCGGCCUACUGGAGCAACAAGGCGGCCGCGCUCGCCGCGCUGGGGCGGCUCAUCGAGGCCGUCGGUGACUGCAAGGAGGCUGUCCGGAUCGAUCCGUCGUAUGACCGCGCGCACCACCGGCUUGGCGGCUUGUACCUCAGAUUAGGAGAACCUGACAAAGCCAUCCACCACUUCAAGCAAUCGCCCAAGGAGUCCACGGGCGCAGACGUUUCGCGCGCGCAGUCGGUGAAGAGCCGCAUCGCGAAAUGCAACGACGCGCGCAAGCUCAAGAACUGGAUCACGGUGCUCCAGGAAUCGCAGGCCGCCGUGUCCGACGGCACGGACUGCGCUCCACAGAUGAUGGCGCUGCAAGCCGAGGCGCUGCUGAGGCUUCAACGGCACGACGAGGCGGACGCGGUGUUCGGCGGGGCGGUGCGGUUCGGCGUCGAUGAGUCAACCAAGCUCUUCGGCACGAUCGGCCACGCCUACGUGCUCAUCGUCCGCGCACAGGUCGACAUGGCAGCAGGAAGGUUCGAGGAAGCGGUGGCGACGGCGCAGACGGCGUGCCAGCUGGACCCGAGCAACAGGGAGGUCGCGAACGUGCACCGGAGGGCCAAGGCGGCUGCGGCGGCGCGGCUGCGCGGCAACGACCUCUUCAAGGCCUCCAAGUUUGCCGAGGCGUGCGCCGCGUACGGCGAGGGCCUCGACAGGGAGCCAAGCAACGCCGUGCUGCUCUGCAACCGCGCGGCCUGCCACGCGAAGCUCGGGCGGCACGAGAAGGCUGUCGAGGACUGCAGCGGUGCGCUCGCCGUGCGGCCGGCGUACAGCAAGGCGCGGCUCAGGAGGGCCGACUGCAACGUCAAGUUGGAGAGGUGGGAAGCGUCGUUGAGAGAUUACCAGGUGCUGAUCCAAGAGCUCCCGGAGAAUGAGGACGUGAAGAAGGCUCUCUCUGAGGUCGAAGCCAAGCUCAAGAACCAAAGGAAUGGAGCCGCUUCAGGCAGAUAUCAGAAUUGACAUUAUGUAACUAUAAACCACUUCUCUAAUUUUUGCAGCUCGUAUUCUACAUUCAAACAGGGAAAACAUUCAAAAUAAUCUGCCGAACAGGAGUGUCGGAUUGAACAGAGUUGGCCAAUUACCUAUUGAACAGACUUCUGUAGAUUGUUUACAUACUGAAACAGAACAAUUAUGAAUCAGAGUGUAUACUUUUAAGUCUUGGCCUAAUGAUACAAGUGUCGGUUCUAACCAACUUCAGUGCUCUUUAUCUACUUUAAUUUUAACUAGUUAGGUGCUAACAACAUUAUAUGGGCAUGCGCAGAUAAAGAAAUCAACAGUUGUUUUGAAAAUUAGGCAGAUUCCCUUGUCUGCGCAUCAUCCUUUUAAUUAAAACAAAGCACUGGCAUGUUGA